CUUUCCUGUCUUUCUCUUGACUUUCUCUCUCCUACUCCCACUUCUUUCUCACAUCUGGAGGGUAUCUGCUGUGGCUGGGUGACUCCUUGCUCGCUGUGGGACAGCCUGUGUUUGGACUGGACGUCAGACUUGAGUGCAUUUCAGCUAACGUGCGGAAGGGCUCUUGCAGUUGGUGAGGACUGAAGCUUCAAACUCAGCAGAGACAAAGGAGCAGAGAGACGGCUUUCUUUCGUUGUUGGCCUGGAGAGCUCAGCAGUGAACAUGGCCUUUCCCAAGCCCUCCUUCCUGCGGGCCCUGAGUGUGCUGCUCUUGGCCUCGGUUUUGGUGCGAUGCCAGGCCCCUCUGGAACCAGUGGAAGAGGAAGAACCAAUAAUGGGGACUGACAUUGCAAAAGUGGCGACAAAAUCUCCGCCUGUCCAGUGUCCAUCAGACUGUAGCUGUACAUCAGAGGAGGCAGUGGACUGCGCUGGAGUCGACCUCACAGAGUUUCCAUCCGAUUUGUCAGAUAAAAUCUGCCGUCUCUUACUGCAGAACAACAAAAUCGAGCAGGUAACAGUGGAGCACGUUUCCCAUCUGUAUCAGCUUGAGACCCUCAACCUUCAGAACAACUGGCUCACUACAGAGGGCCUUGAAGAUGAAGGUUUUGAGAUGCUGGAAGAGCUAGCUUAUUUAUACUUGGCGAAUAACAAGCUUACUUCAGCACCAAAGGUCUUACCCCCCUCUUUGGUUAGUGCUGAUUUUGCUGCGAAUGAGCUUUCAAAGAUCUACCCAUAUACGUUUGGCCAUAAACCAAAACUGAGGUCUGUGUAUCUCCAUAACAACAAGCUGACUGAUGCAGGGCUUCCUGAUCACAUGUUCAAUGCUUCUGACAAUCUGGAUAUCCUAACAUUGUCAAGCAACUUCCUGCGGGUUGUACCCAAGAACCUGCCCUCCAGCCUUUAUCGUCUUCAUCUAAAGAGUAAUAAGUUGGAGAAAAUCCCAGCUGGGGCUUUUGACAACUUGAAAAACCUAAGAGAGUUGUAUCUCCAGAACAAUCUGCUCAGCAAUGAGGGCAUGGACAACGAGACUUUCAGCCAACUGAACAGCCUGGAGUGCCUGGAUUUGUCAAAUAACAAUCUGAGCGUCGUCCCCAAGGGUCUGCCUCGCAAUCUAGUGCUGCUUCACCUGGAGAAGAAUUCCAUCCGCAGCAUCCCCGGAGACGCUCUUAUCUCUGUCCGAAACCUUGAGUACUUGCUUCUCCACAAUAACAACAUCCGCUCCCGUUCCAUCCACCCAGGUGCCUUCCAGGGUUUAAAGAAGCUGCAUACUCUACACAUGUAUAACAAUUUGCUGGAGCGGGUUCCCCGGGGCUUGCCUCGACGGGCCAAGACCCUAAUGCUGCUCCACAACUCGAUUUCUGAACUUGGCCGGAAUGACCUGGCCCUGCUUUACACCCUAACGGAGCUCAAUCUUAGCUACAACAAGCUGACCAACCAAAAUGUUCACAGAGAAGCCUUCAGGAAGCUGCGCGAAUUGGAAAGACUGGACCUGUCGGGGAACAACUUUCACUCCAUGCCCCUGGGUCUUCCGCGCAGCCUGCAGGUGCUCGAAAUCAAGAACAAUCAGAUCAACUCUAUUCCGGAUGGUGCACUGACGGGCAUGGAGAAGCUACAAAAGAUCAUCCUGAGUAACAACCAGUUGAAACUGAACUCAGUCUACCAAGGAGCUUGGAUGGAGCUCAGUGCGCUCACAACAUUAGAUCUGUCUGCCAACCAGCUGUCGCACAUCCCCUCGGACCUUCCUGAGUCUCUGGAGUACCUUCACCUACAAAGUAAUCGCAUCUCCACUGUUCCUGCUUCAGCAUUCGAAGGCACUCCGAACAUCAAAGGCAUCUUCCUCCGGUUUAACCGCCUGUCUGUGAACUCUGUGGAUGAGAGCUCUUUCGCCCACCUGUCCAACUUGCAAGUGCUGGACAUUGGCACAGCAAACACUGACCUUCCCUUUAAAGGAGACGACAUGGAGGGCGAUAUGAUGAUGGAGGAGGAGCAGGAAACAUAAGAGACGCUUAAUUAAACUGGACUUGAUUGUGUGAAGGACAGAAAUAUUAUCUAAAUGGGAAUGAACCUGUGAAUGUAGUUGUCCUGGUUCAUUAUCGUAUUGUGCUGAGUGGCAGAGUCACAUGUUUCUGGUGCAGGAUACCAGAUGAAGUUACUUUAGUUUCCAUUGUAUGGGCUGGUUAGUAUAUCUUUAUAUCUGAGCUUUCAUAUUGUAUUGACUGUUGCCGUACAACAUCUUUCUAUCGUUUACAUUUUGUUAUUCUGCUUUAUUCUAAGAAAAAUCUAUUCACGAAUUUUCCUUUGAAAAUGUCUCUGUAUCAAAAUGAAAAAUUAGUUUGCACCUUUAAGCAGAUGUUUAUACUUUGUGCAUCUUAAUGCAUGCUUUCAUUUGGUUUAUGGCUGUCCCUUCUCCCUGGCUUACUCAAUUGAUUUUACUAGAAAUACUGUGAAACUAUUUGUGUUUUAACAAGAGUGGCCAGAUAAGCAGUUGGACUCCCACUGAAACCAACACACCCACAGUGGCUGUUGAAUGAAACACUGCAAGUCUCAAACAUGGCUUUAUUUCAAUUUGAAUGAGUAAUCUAUUGGUUAGUUACUUUAGAGCAGUCAAUCAAUCUCUCGAGCCAGAGGUGAUUUUAUUAUAUCAACCCUCCAAAAGUCUUAAGUAUUUAUUAUGAUAUUAAGUAGAAAAGAAAAAUAACAGAGCAAAAGAUAACAUUAAAGAACCUUUAAAGUAACAAUCCUUAAAAUUGUCAGUACAAUAAAUACUUAUAUAUACAUAUUUAUACAUUUUUAUAAAUAUUCAUUAUAUAGGCACUGUAUUCCUUAAAGGUUCAGUGUGUUGGAUUUAGUGGCAUCUAGCGGUGGUGUCACAUUUGCAUCUAGCUGAAUACCCCAGAGACUUAACCCCACUCCAAGCGUGUAGAAGAAGGAAAGUCAAAAGGAAAAAAAAAAUAUUAUGAAAGGUCCUUUGUGAAACCAGUGUCCAGUUUGUUUGUUGUGGGCUACUGUAGAAACAUGGUAGACAACUUGGAAGAUCCUCUUCCAAGUUGUCUACCAUGUUACCUGAUGUAGAUAGAAAGGUCUCAUUCUAAAGUAUGAAAAUGCAAUAAUUCUUAGUUUCAGGGAUUUUACAGACAUGAAAACAUCUGCUGAUACAUCCUCCUAAAUCCUACACACUGGACCUUUAAGUUUAAGUUGUUAUGGUUACUGGCAGUGUUCAUUUCUCAGGUGGCAUACACUGCUCAAGAGAUCACAGAGCAUGGUGCCUAGACAUCCUGAUGUGUUGCACAAUGCAGUACAACCAAGACUGUUAACUAAAACAUUGUGACAUCAUAGAUUAGCACAAAAAUGUGUUGGCCGUGCUCAGAAGCAGAUCUUUUUGCUGUUCUUCUUCUUCUUCUUCUUACAUUGUCAGUUGUGUGUCUGUUGCUCCCAGCAUCCAAUACAUGUAUCAUACAAAAAUGUACAUUCUGUUGCCCCCAGUAACUAAAUCAAACCAGGACUGAAAUCGUAAGGUUUGCAAGUUUAGCUUGACAAUUUUUACCUCAUGAAUAAUUUGAAUUAUUAAUCUAAUUAAAUUGGAUCUCUAGAAUUUCUCUUUCAAUUGACAAAUUGUAAUAAGAGUGCUGUUUCAGCACUACUUUCAAAUCAAUCCGAUGGUGUUUAGUGUGACACACAGCCAGUGAAGUAUUUGUUUUGGUACAGUAAUAUCCAUUAAAUGCAGUGAUUUACCUACAAUGUGGAGGAUGUUAGACAUAUCUUUUCAGAUUCUUUAACUUGUGAAUGACAUAUUCAAAACAUAAACCGAUUUCAGCUUCAAUGCUACUUCAGUCUGCACCAGUUUUAUAUAAGAAGAUGGAACGUAUUUAGAUAUGACAUUUAAAAUAUCACUCACUAUAUUGCUAUGAUUUCAGUGUCACUUUCACAUACAGCAGUAUUGUACUGUCACAUAUACGGUCAUCAAACACACCAAUAAAUAAUUUGAAAAGA